AUAUAGCAUAAGCAUCUGCAUUAUUUCGGGUUGGCACAAAUGAGACACAUCACAAAGACCGUAUAAUACAUGAUUAUGAUCGUGGUUAUGAAGGAAAAUAAGUUCUCAACAUCAAGUUCCAAGGAUAAGAUCAAAUACACUUGUUACCAUUUCUAAAGAAACAGGCAUUAUUUGAGCACUUUGGGACUCUCAACUCUCAGGGAUACCUUCUCCAUCCGCUACUUCUGCAGAUUAGCUAGAAGAAAGAAAUAAAAGAUAACACAAGUUCAAAGGCCAUGGAUGUUGCACAUUUUUUGUUUGGCAUCUUUGGGAAUGCUUCCGCUCUGUUCCUAUUCUUGGCUCCAGUGAUCACAUUCAAGAGGAUUAUUAAGAACAGAUCCACAGAGAAGUUCUCGGGCAUUCCAUAUGUCAUGACACUGCUCAAUUGUCUCCUUUCAGCUUGGUAUGGUUUGCCUUUUGUGUCUCCCCACAACAUAUUAGUGUCAACAGUGAAUGGCACUGGAUCAUUGAUAGAAAUCAUAUACGUGUUGAUCUUCAUCGUAUUGGCACCAAGGAAGGAAAAGGCUAAAAUUCUUGGUCUCUUCACCUUCGUGCUCUCGGUGUUCUCUGCUGUUGUUUUCGUGUCACUCUUUGCCCUUCAUGGCAAUUCCAGAAAGCUCUUCUGUGGCUUCGCUGCAGCCAUAUUUUCCAUUAUCAUGUAUGGCUCGCCACUCUCAAUUAUGAGACUAGUGAUCAAAACCAAGAGUGUGGAGUUCAUGCCCUUCUUCUUGUCUCUGUUUGUUUUUCUCUGCGGCACUUCCUGGUUUAUCUUUGGUCUGCUAGGCCGUGACCCAUUUGUUGCAGUACCUAAUGGUGUUGGUUCUGCUUUGGGGACAACGCAACUAAUAUUAUAUUUCAUAUACCGAGACAAUAAAGGCGUUACAGGGAAACAAGCCCCAACAGAGGAGGAAUCCAUGGAGAUCGGGGAUGUAAAGCCCCAACAAGGGAAGCAAUCCAAUGCAAAUGGAAUUCAAGGAUGAUAUGUCAAAUCACAACACAUGCCAAAGACAAUAGUCAUGUUUGUCAUUUUUCAGCUACAUAAUCUGCAACUGAGAGCAAGAACCUCUAUGAUUUGAUCUGCUCUUUAAAUGGCUGUAAUUUACUUCUUGCUAAGACACUGGCACCUUUAAUUAGCCGAUAAUAUUGCAUGGAAACAAGCAUGUGUUGUGUGAGUUUUUAUUAGCUCCUUCCCCUGGUCUCAGGGAUUUUAUGUUGGUGGCUUUUUCCUAGUGUACAACCUACCAAAUAAAAGUGCAAAUUCGGAAUUGAAAUUUGCAAUUAAAAUUUU